GGUACUGAGGGCAGCAGCCAUGUCCGCUCCUACGAUGACUCCAUGGUCGACGUCUCCAGUGACAGCUUCUGGGAGGUGGGGAACUACAAGCGGACAGUGAGGCGGGUGGACGAUGGCAGUCGCCUGUGUAACGACCUGAUGAACUGUCUCCAUGAGCGGGCGCGCAUCGAGAAGUCCUACGCACAGCAGCUCACAGAGUGGUCCAAACGCUGGAGACAGCUUAUAGAGAAAGGCCCUCAGUACGGGACCCUGGAGCGGGCGUGGGGUGCCCUGUGCACGGAGGCGGAGAAGGUGAGCGAGCUCCACAUGGAGGUGAAGGCGGCGCUGAUGGGGGAGGACUUUGAGAAGCUCAAGGUGUGGCAGAGYGACUACUACCACAAACAGAUGAUCGGAGGCUUCAAGGAGACCAAGGAGGCUGACGACGGCUUCCGCAAGGCCCAGAAACCCUGGGCCAAGAAACUGAAAGAGAUGGAGACGAUGAAGAAGGCGUACCACGGGGCCUGUAAGGAAGAGAAGCUGGCCACCAGCCGGGAGAACAACAGCAAGCUGGAGAACAACAGCAACUCUGAGGCCCAGAAGAAAAUGCAGGACAAGGUGGAGAAGUGCCAGCAGGAGAUGGAGAAGACUAAGGAGCGCUAUGAGAAGUCUCUGGAGGAGCUGGACAAGGUGACWCCCCAGUACAUGGAGAACAUGGAGCAGGUGUUUGAACAAUGGCAGCAGUUUGAGGACAAACGCAUCACCUUCUUCAAAGCACUUCUGCUGGAAGUCAAGCAUCACCUCGACCUCUCCACUAAUCACAAAUUCCAGACAGUCUACCACACGUUGGAGGACACUAUCUCUGCUGCUGACGCUGAGGAGGACCUCAAGUGGUUCCGCUCCAACCACGGUCCUGGCAUGCCCAUGAACUGGCCCCAGUUUGAGAAUGUGGACUGGUCCCACUCCUCUAGGUCCAGACGGUCCAUUGUAGUGAGUUCUGCCUGGGAAGGACUAUUCUAUCACCGUGGUUCCUGGGGGGAGGGUCAUUUACCUCACUCUCCUUCCUCUGUUUGCGUUUUCUGUCUGUGUGUGUUCGGUUUGUGUGCCCAUUCUGGCCCUCCUAAUGUUUUACGAGGAGCACCUGAAAACACACAAGGAAGUGCGCACACACACACGUCUGUCUGAUGAAUGGCCUCGUCACCACGUCUGUCGUGUAUGACCCAUGUGGGGAUGUGCGUGACUACCCCUCCCUUCCUCCCCCUGUCUCAUCCUAUGGAUGUUUGUCUUCCUGGAUGUCUGUAUUCCAGAAGACUCCUUCUCUCAUCUUUCUCUCAUUCAGAGUUCCUCUCUUUAACCUUUCACCCUGUGGUGACCUCUGACCUCGUGUCAGCUCCUGUGAACCCUGCAGGGGGUCACAUGAUGCCUGCCAGGUCGUGUGACGUAAUUUGACCCUAAGGGUUCACCAGUCAGGCCCUCAGACUGACCUUUGAACUUCGAGAACAACCCACUUGUUAUAUCUGUGGGAACAGGGAGUGACUUGGGAAAACGUAGAACUAUAAGUGAAAUGUAACCUUUAGAGCUGUAGUGAGUCUAGGGCCCUCCUGAACACAGCCCCUAUGUAACCUCUAGAGCUGUAGUAAGUCUAGGGCCCUCCUGAACACAGCCCCUGUCCUUUUGUGGAUAGAGUUGCAGUAUUGGACUAUGUUAAAGUGUGUGUGUUUCUGCAUUGGGACAAGGUUCUCCUAAUGUUGGGAUGAGGUUCUAUUGGCUUUGGUUGGGAUGAUGUUUUGAUUCAAGCCCACUCCAUAGCUUCUGGUGGAGGUUUGUGAUGGCUCGGUGCUAUGUCUGUCUUUAUGGUGAUGGAUGUGUUUUUCUU